GUUCCGAGCUAAGCGCUCGCGCUCCCCUGGUGGCGACCGUUACUGCUGGCGCGCGCGGAGACUCAAAUAGGCCAUGGAAGACACCCAGACCAUUGACUGGGAUAUUGAACAAGAGGAGGAGAUAGAGCGAUCCAGUGAAUCCUCGGGGUGUGGCACGGAUCCUGUAGGGCGACUGCGUGUGUUCAGUGGUACCUAUGGACCAGAAAAAGAUUUUCCACUGUACCUCGGGAAGAAUGUGGUAGGCCGAAUGCCCGACUGCUCUGUGGCCCUGCCUUUUCCAUCCAUUUCCAAACAACAUGCAGUGAUUGAAAUCUCAGCGCGGGACAGGGCACCUAUUCUUCAGGAUUGUGGGAGUCUCAAUGGUACCCAGAUCCUAAGGCCACCUAAGGUCCUGAGCCCUGGGAUGAGUCAUCGUCUGAGGAACCAUGAACUGAUCCUCUUCGCUGACUUGCCCUGCCAGUACCGUUACCUGGAUGUACCCCUGCCUGUGGUUUCCCGGGCACCUCUCACUGUAGAGGAGACCCCGAGGGUCCCUGGAGAUACUCACGCUACCAGGCUUCCACUGGCUGAGGACUCAGAGGAAGAGUCAGAUUUUCUUCAUGAAAGGUGCGUGGGGAAAGAAUCAAGGGCCAUCACGUCUUCCCCGUUGACAACAGUAGUUCCUGAAAGUGAUGACGAGGGGCCAGGUGGCUCUGGACCAUCUCUGGCUUUCAACAUGGACAGUGACACAGAUGGUGGCGAAGCAGGGGAGGCCCCUCCAGCAGUGAGGAGCAGCGCCAUAACAGAGGCAGAACAGUCUGGAGGUGAUGGGGUUCUGCAGGACACUCUGCUUGUAGAGGCGCUGCCUGCAGGGGAUAGGGACGGAGACACAGACGUCAGGAAGAAUGCAGGGAACAAGUUGGCUCUGGAGAGGAGCCACCUUAUCGGGCAGGACAGUGACACUGAUGUGGAGGAAAAGGGCAUCGCUGAGACCCCAGCUGCAGUUCUCGGGAGAGAGGGGCUGCCCUUCCCUACAGGAGGUGCUGAGGACCCUAGCACCCUUGGCGUGGCACGUCUGCAGGAGAGCCUAGCUGGUAGUGACAUGGAUGUGGCAGAGCAGAAGUCCCCAGCAGCAGGAAUCCAGACCCCCAUGGUGAUCAACAGUGACACAGAUGAUGAGGAAGAAGUCUCGGCGGCGCUCACCUUGGCGCGCCUGAAGGAGGGCGGAGCUGCUCUGUGGGACAGAGACCCAGAUGGAGGAGCAGCCAGAGCCCUGCCUGUGGCCUUAGGGCGGAGUACACCCGCCUCGGGGAGAGACAGCGACACGGACCUGGACACAGACACAGAGGCGGGGGAGCUCCCAGGGGAAAAGAGGGAAACUCUCCCCAGUGUUUGUACAGAAAAGACUGAGCAUCUUGUCACAGCACAGUCAGGAAAAAGACAUCCCUGUGGGGAUAGUGAGGCAGGCAAGGAAGCAGGUAGGUGCUCCCAUGGGACCCACCCAGAGAGAAGCAGAGCCUCCCUGGCCACAGUGAACGUUAAGACAGAGGCAGAGGAGGAAGUCCCACCAGGGCCAGCUGCUACACAUCUGGAGAGCCAGCAGGUACCUGUGGAGGAGACAAAUCAAGCCUGUCCUGACAAAGUGGACAUCAAGGAAAACACAGCCUCAGCAGUGGCAGCUGUGAGACAAAGGCAGCUUGUGGCUACAGGGGGUGCUCAGAAAAGGGCUCCAGAAAUGGGGGCCCCAGGCAGGGUAUCUGCGGCACAAGGGGAACGGGUGGUGCACACAGGCACCCCAGGAGGCCCCACUCCACCCCAGAGAAGGCGAGCACAGACCCAUGCAGGAAGGAGGAAGAAGUCCUAUUUGGCCCGGACCAGGGGCUCUAAAGACAGCUCUGACGCAGGCUGUGACGAUCUGGACCUUCAAGCCACCCAGUGCUUCGUGGAGAGUGAGAGCCUAGAAGCUGUCCCAGAUGUGGAGGAUGAACCCACCCAGGUCUUCCCAUGUGAGCUCCCCUCAGAGCCUGGUCCUCCCCACCAAAGCCCUCAGGCCCCAGGUGCACUGGAUGAGCCAUGGGAAGUCUUGGCUACACAGCCCUUCUGUGUGGCAAAGUCUGAGCGCCCCGAGCCCCUGCCCACAGCCACCCUCCCAGAGGCCUUUGGAUCUCAUCUGUCUCCACCGAGAGUGAUGCCACCAGACCAGUGUCCAGGGAGUCCAGCUCACACGGAGCCCUUGGAGACCAAAGGCACAGGGCUGCAGACUGUGGAGAGAGACAGGGGCCACGCUGAUGGCAGGAUGCCACCUGCUGAGAGUGCUUCUGGGGAUGACCUGGAGUCUCCAGAUGCAGUGCCCAAAGCCUUGGCCCCAAGCCCAGGACCCCAUACCUCUCAGAGCCGAAAACAGUCAGCACCUCAGGCCCUUCUUCCUCGCCUUCUGUCUUCCUCGCCACCUGUUCCUAGGGCUGGGCACACUGGGGCGCAGGACCCUCCAGGGCCUGCCCAGUCUUCAGGGCUGGAGCCCCAGCCCAGUGCCAGGCGCUGGCCCUCCCGCAGGACGCCACCCACGCCACUUCCUUCUGCUGCCCAUGCACACUGCCUUCCUCCUGCCUCUGAGCCUGUGGCUCAGCCCUGUCUGGCCAGGACACGGAGAUCCUCCAUCAAGACACCUGAAGUAGAUGAGCCAGCAGCCCCUGAACUGCAGCUGUCUACCUCCACAGACCACCACCCAGUUGUCCCCAAGACUACACCUCGGGCCACGAGGGGCAGGACAGAUAGGUCCUCUGUGAAGACAUCUGUGCCAGUUGUCCAGAUGGCCCCUGAGCUGCAGCCAUCCAUGUCCACACACCAGCCUGACAGCCCAGAACCCACACCUCGGACCACCCGGAGCAGGGCAAACAGGUCCUCUGUUGAGACUCCUGAAGUGGCUGUCCAUGUGACUCCUGAGCUCCAGCUUUCCAUUACCAUAGACCAGUCUAUUGUCCCCAAGACCAUGCCUCGGGCCAUAGGGAACAGGAAAGAUAGGUCCUCUGUGAAGACUCCUGGAGUAGCUGCCCACACGGCCCUCGAGCUGCAGCCAUCCACCUCCGUGCAGCAGCCUGUCACUGCCAAGCCUGUUCCUCGGGCCACUCGGCGCCAGACAUCAAAGUCCUCCAGUAAGACUAUUGAACCAAUUGAGCUGUCAGCCACAGACCUCGAGCCUCCCGCCCUCAUGGCCCAGCCUGUCAACCUCAAGACCAUAGCUCAGGGCAGGUUGUCCUCUGAGUCCCAGCCUCCUGUCACCACAGACCAGACUGUUACCCAGGAGCCUGACAAUCAAGCCAGCUAUAGCAGGACACAGAGAGCUGCUGGGAAGCGCAGCUCCCACUCAGCUCCCACUGCGCACCAGCUGUGCUCUGAACCUCAAGGUCUAUCCUCAGGGGACCAAAUAGCAGGCCGGACCAGAGCAGCUGCAUCUCUUAGGACUGUCCCUGACCCUUGUUUUCCCCAGCCUCCUGAGGCACCCACUUGUGCUUCCCGAAUCCCAAAGGUGGAGGCAGCAGAUAGCUCUGGGCCCACCCAACAACUCCAGCCUGCAGUAUCUCCACAGUACAAGAGGCCUUCCCCCAGCACAGAUUCACCCCCUCUUCUAAAGCGACCCCAAAGAGGAACUUCUCAGAAAACGGUGUUCCCCAAGAAAGAAAAGGAUACUGCAGAGAGGCCAGGGAAGGCAGAGGACACAUGGACUCCAGGACCAGGCAAGAGGAAGAGGACCCAGAUGGAGGAGGAGCUCCAAGAAGUGCCAAGGCGUGGCCUGCGAAGGAACAAACCUACCCUGCAGUCAGCAGCCCCCAAAGUCCUCUUCACGGGAGUGUUGGACGCCCGUGGGGAGCAGGCUGUGCUGGCCCUGGGCGGCAGCCUGGCCAGCUCGGUGGCAGAGGCGUCCCACUUGGUCACUGAUCGCAUCUGCCGGACAGUCAAGUUCCUGUGUGCCCUGGGUAAGGGCAUCCCUGUCCUCUCCCUCGAGUGGCUGCAGCAGUCCCGCAAAGCUGGUCACUUCCUGCCCCCGGAUCAGUUUGUGGUGACCGAUCCUGAACAGGAGAAGAACUUUGGCUUCAGCCUCCGGGAUGCCCUGAGUCGCGCUCAGGAGCGAAGGCUGCUAGAGGGCUAUGAGAUUCACGUAACGCCUGGGGUCCGGCCCCCACCUCUGCAGAUGGGAGAGAUCAUCAGCUGCUGCGGAGGCACUGUGCUGCCCAGCAUGCCCCGCUCCUAUAAGCCCCGGAGAGUGGUGAUCACGUGCUCGCAGGACUUGCCACGCUGCUCCUCCGCGUCCCGGGCUGGUCUGCCCCUCCUGUCUCCAGAGUUCCUGCUGACGGGAGUGCUGAAGCAGGAGGUCAGGCCUGAGGCCUUUGUCAUCUCCACUCAGGAACAGCCAUCCGCUUGAAGAUGCCGGGGCACUCCUCCCUCCCGUCCUGGCACACUGCAUUAGAAUGCGCCAGGGCUUUAGAAGAGCGACUUGUGCUGGACCAGGGUAGGACCAAAGGCUUUCUGGAAAGACAGAGGGCCGGAAAGUUUAGAGCCACAGACGUUCUAAGUGGCCACAACUGCCAGAUGUGUGGGCACACACUUAUGUUGCCUCCUGGGAGGCUGAGUCGGGAAGACCACAAAGUUGAGUACAGCCCUAAGAGACUUAAUGAGGGGCUGGGGAGAUAGCUCAGGAGAAUAAGCGCAGGAGCCUGAGUUCAAUCCCCAGUU